AUGAGGAGUCCUGAUUAUGUCCACGGCAGCAGCUCAACAUCGACGGUGACGACAUCUUCGACCCGUUCAUCCAUCACCCUCGUUCUCCAGGUCCCGGACGCCGCCCCCGAGGUUAACUCACACGCCAGCGAAUUUUCUGAGACAUCCUCCAGUCAGAUCCUUGCGGAAAACCGUCAUCGCAGCAGAGGCGAGGCGGUUCCCGGAGCGAGUGGGCGCGUAUCAUCUGCCGCCGUAACCGUGGCAGCGGAGAGUCAGGGAGCGGAUCGUUCACCUAGAAUCGGCGCCGCCUCUGGCGCUUCCUUUUUCUCUUCUCAUUUCGCCAGUCAGUUUCGAACUCUUCGAGCUGCUCAACGUGUGUUUCAGGCUGAUGGUCAGUCUUUCAAUGAGGAAAUUCGUGGUGUGAGGACGGACUCGGGAGGCGAAGGAGGAGGCGACGUGUGCGAUUUGGGGCGAGAUGCCAUAACCGGUCAAGAAAAACUUGAAGAAGACGAAAAGGCAGACGGGAGGACGGAUGGGACCUUGGAGGACGGAAUCCAGCCUGAGUCGACGGCAAACUCGUCAGAUCACCACUUAGGUGAGGCCGGCGACGAGGUGUAUUACGAACGAGUGUCUUUGUGCGAGUUCGAAUACGACGAUUCCAGUCGGACGUUCUACUACCCCUGCCCGUGUGGCGACCUUUUUGAGGUAUCUCGAGAGACAGUGGAAGAAAGGGUGCGCGAAGCAUCUCAUUCUAGAACGGCGAGUCCUCCCUCAGCAACGGGAGCGUCGGCCGACGAGAGUUCUGGAUCAAAUUCCUCAACGGCUGCAGAGUGUGACGAAGAAAUAGAAGUAGAGGCCUCGUGCCCCUCCUGUUCACUGAAAGUUCAAGCCUUCUGCACCUCCUCGAUGCUUCGAGAAAUCUUGGCUGAGUUUGAAGAUACGAUAUAG